UAUAUUGUCAGGAUUAAGGUAUUUUAUUUAUUGAGAUGAAUAAUGCAUAGAUUCACCCAAUGUCCGGAAAAGACCAGUCAAAGAAGUAUUUUUUAUCGAUGUAUGUGACGUGGUACUUCUAUCAACAAUAUACGAAUCCAUCUGCCUUUCAUUAGAAUGCAAAGCGCAUUGUUUCAAGUCAAAACACUCCCAGUCUAAUCUCAAUGGUUUCUCAAUUCUACAACUGAAAAAUAUAGUCGACCCCGGGAUACAUUUAUUCCUUCUUUUAAGGAAAGACUUGUAUAUACUGAAACACCAAAAUGGACUGAGACGUGAAGAGUUUGAAUGAAUGUGAAAUAUGUUUUCAUUUGGGAAGGUUAAAGAGCGCACCACCUCGGCAGAGUCAAUACCACAUUCAGAACUCGAAGAACGACCGGGAAAACUCAAACGCCAUGGAACGCUUCAAAGYCUAGAGGUUUUUCAAGCUUGGGCCAAGGAUUCUUUUCUUAGAGAAAGUACAAUAGAUAUUCUAGUUAGUGAACAUGAAAUUGAUUGUAUCCCUGCGGUUUUGGCGUUGAAAAGGGACGACAUUGCCGGCUUAGGUUUGCCCGUUGGUCAACAAAGACUCCUCGAAGGUGCGGUUGAAAAACUCAAGCAGGAAUAUGAGCUAGUUAGGCCACCAACUCCGGUCACUAAAAUCAAUCUGGACAUGCCGGCUUAUAGAUCUAUGUUAGAAUUCAACGAAAAGCCAGGGACAUCGUAUGCUGAGCCRACAGGAGGGAGUGAGAGCUCUCGCUCUUUUUCAAGUCAUGGCGGUGACAGCUCGCGCGAAGUUUCGCGGGCUUUUUUGACUUCGCCCGAAAGAGAAGAACUCCUAAGGCCUGACCAACAGCAAUCUAGAAAAACAACUGGAUACCGCAAUGAAGGUAGAAGUUACAGCUCCCCCAUUGGAUCCCCCUCUAAGCACCCGCUUGUCGGAGARGAAGCUGGUGCCGAGGACAAAGACAGCGAAUAUUCUUGUCAGCGGUUUAUCUUUUCUAUAAUUUUUAUGCCCAUAUUUUUGAUUAUCUGUCUGCUUGGAAUGAUUCUAUGGUUGCUCAUGAUACCCUUUCUUCUAUGCUGUCCACGUGACGGUUGCUAUGCCAACGUAGUAACAGAYAUCUACGAGCAUACAGUCAUGGCACCUUGGCGCGCAUGUCGGUGGGCCACGACGAAACGCUCGAUAAACAAAGCCUUACAGAACAAUACGACCAAGAAGUAUGGCGGAACUGAGGACCCAGAAAGCGGAACAAAACCCACCAAAUAGGACAUACUUCAUUUAGAUUAUUUUUUUGUUCAAAGUAAAUUUCGUAUAACUUUACGUGUCACGGUCACGGUAAGUAUCGGGAUGGGCACUCGUUGUCUGGACAGCGGCUUCUAAAAAAUAUCAAUGAAGAAUGUUGACCUUUGGCUCAGGUCAAACGUCGAACUUUACAUGAGCCGAACCUAASUGAARCAAUGGAUAACAAGGCGGUCYUCUUUGAUGUCAUUAGGUUCGGCUCAUGUGAAUUUCCUUAAAAACCUUAGUCUAAGAGUGAKAUAUUGGUUUAAGUUUAAUAUUACAAUUUAUAAGUUAUAAGUUAUCGUUUGAUAUAGAGAAAUGAUCACUUGUUCAUUGUCGCCCGCCAUUUUAAAUGGCCAUUGAAAUCAAUUUCAAUCUUGUAUAAUAUUCAUGGGGGCAAUUAGGAUCAAGAUGUUGCUGUUUCAGGUUUYAGAUUGCUGUUCAAUAUGGCGGCAUAUGAUCACGUGGUCUGUAACAAGUAUAUAUAUUUGUCUAUUUUKUGCUUUUAAAAUUAGCAAGUCAUUAAAGUUGAAAACGAGAAACGAUCUGGAAAAUCGAAGAAUUACGCAAAACGAAAACAUGAAAUCGACAUACAAUAUUCUUUAUAAAAAACAAAUAKAUAUUUAAGGGAAUCAUACAAAACUUGGUUACUAUAGCAACAAGGACACUGCUGACGUAAUUACAGCGGGUUUUCAGUUUACCAUGGAAACGAUUAAGCAGUCGUUUAACUUGUGUGGGCUACUGAGACUGCAUGCAUAGAUAUAAAAUACUAGUAUAUAUACUGAAAUCCUUUUCAAUAAUUUCAAUAAAAGUUGUCAUCAUUAAAGGGUCACUUGGACGAAAAUAGAUGAAAAUUGAAAGUGACUUGAAACUUGGCUAAACUUAUCUAUAUGGCCCCUAUAGUAGCCAAGCAACAUAUUUUCUUCACAGUAAAAAGUGCAUGUGGGAUAAAAUUGAACAAUUUCAUUCAGCAUCUAAGUUGUGAGUAAAUGACAUCAUUUACUCAACCCUAUGGUUCUUUUUGUUUUUGAGCCAAAAUUUCUCAAUAGCAAGUGGCUCCCAGGCUAAAAUCUUCACUAAUCAUGUUUACAUAGUCAUAAUUGAGUCAUAUUGUCCUCAAAUACUUUAAUUAUUUGGACUUUCAAAAAUUGGGGUGUUUUCAUCCAAGUGCCUCUUUAAAGGCGAUAGACGAUAGGUCAUUCAGACAUGGAAUUGGACUUAUAAUGUUAGAGUUUUAUUAACUACAAGUAGAAUUUUUUCCGGCCGCCAUACACGAGGAUGCAACAAAACACAGUAGACUCUAUUAAUCGAACACCAACUAUYAAGCGGCCAAUCUCUGUYAAGCGGCCGACCACUGGUCAUAUUWAUACCACUGUGUUACUUGAUUACAGACUCAUUUACUCAGGUUUAGCCUUAUUUCAGCUUCAGGAUAUUCACGAAUACCAACGAUAAAGUAAAGAAUGCUUAGCGUUAACAAUACAAGUUUUUUGAAAUUUCACAGACCUUCACUGGAACACAUGAAUAUUCUCUACAAAAAAUCGAGGUCAACCCUGUGCAACGUCUAACUCAAAAAUGUUGGUCGAUUGAUAGAUAUGUAUAUGACAAAAUUAUUGUAGCCUCGUUGAUGGAAGGUGCACUUCAUAAAAUUUAYCUACAAUUAGUAAAUGCCAAGUUAGAUUAUUUUUCUGCCAUAUUUCAAUUUCUAAUCUUUUUAAAUUGUUCUGGUACGUAUUGUACGGUUAAGACUGGGCUCUAAAAUAUGUGGUGACAAUAAAAUGGUGCAGGUUCGAUA